AUGGGACGUUUCACACUUCCUCGCGACUUAUACCACGGUAAGGAUGCUCUUGCUAACCUCAAGAACCUCAAGGGCAAGAAGGCAAUCGUUGUUUGCGGUGGCCACGCCAUGCAGAAAUGCGGAUUCCUCGACAAGACAGUUAACUACCUCAAGGAAGCUAAGAUGGAAGUUCGUGUCUUCGAAGGUGUUGAACCAGAUCCAUCCGUCGACACAGUCAUGCGCGGUGCUGAAGAGAUGAGAAAGUUCCAACCAGAUUGGAUCGUUGCCAUCGGUGGUGGUUCACCAAUCGAUGCUGCUAAGGCCAUGUGGGCUUUCUACGAGCACCCAGAGGUCACAUUCGAAUCCCUCUGCAUUCCAUUCAACUUCCCACAUCUCCGUACAAAGGCUCACUUCUGCGCCAUCCCAUCCACAUCCGGCACAGCUACAGAAGUUACAGCCUUCUCUGUCAUCACAGACUACAAGAAGGGCAUCAAGUACCCACUUGCUGACUUCGAAAUCACACCAGAUGUUGCCAUUGUCGAUCCAGCUCUUGCUGAGACAAUGCCACCAAAGCUUGUUGCUUUCACAGGCAUGGAUGCCCUUACACACGCUAUCGAAGCCUACGUUUCAACACUCCACUGCGAUUACACUGAUGGCCUUGCUCUCCACGCUAUCAAGAUGAUAUUCGAGAACCUCAAGAACUCAUACGACGGCAACAUGACAGCUCGUGCUUCAAUGCACAACGCUCAGUGCCUUGCUGGUAUGGCUUUCUCCAACGCCCUCCUCGGCAUUGUCCACUCAAUGGCUCACAAGACAGGUGCUGCUUUCACAGGCGGACACAUCGUUCACGGCUGCGCUAACGCCAUGUACCUUCCAAAGGUCAUCAAGUACAACGCUAAGAACGCUGAAGCUCUCGAGAGAUAUGCUUACAUCGCCAGAUUCGUCGGACUCCAGGGCAAGGAUGAUACUGAACUCACAGACAAGCUCAUCGAGAAGAUCCGUGCUCUCAAUGUUUCAUUGAACGUUCCACUUUGCGUCAAGAAUUACGAAGGCGGCAUCAUUGACGAGAAGGAAUACCUCGCUAAGCUCCAUGAUGUUGCUAAGAACGCCAUUGGUGAUGCUUGCACAGGUUCUAACCCACGCCAGCCAACACAAGAAGAAAUGGAGAAGCUUCUCCUCGCUGUUUACUAUGACAAGGAAAUUGAUUUCUAA